CUCUAUCAUUCGCCUUUCGUACACGCAAAAGCCCCACUCACUCUCCUUUACUCUCUUUUCCUUUUAAACCCAACAGUUCCCCCCCAAGUUUUUCUCCGCCACCAGAUCCUCCUCUUCGCUUCUCGUCUUCCUUAUCAAAAACUAACUGAACUUAUCUCCGCUAUGUCGUCUCCGUUACAUGAAGGCGACGCCUCUACCUCCGAUAAUGUCGGCUUGCAUGGGGAGGCUGUUAACAGAUCCUCCUGUAAUAAUUCAAGCUGUAACCAAUGCAUAAGAUCCGAAUCAUCUGAUCCUCCUUCAUGUUCCUCUUCUUCUAUACUAAUAGAUUUUCUAGAUUUAAUUCAAUCAAAUGAAUCUGAUAAAUUACAGAGAGUAAUAAUUGCUUCCAUUAAAGGAUUCUCAAUUGGUGCUGGUCUUAAAGGAGGUUUAUCUCUGUUUUCGAUUCUCGCCAGGCUACGACGCGCUAAAUCAUCCUCUCCCUCAAGGAAAAAUAGGCAAUCUGUUACUCUAGCGCUUAGCGAAACAGUAAGAUACGGUCUGUUCCUCGGAACAUUCGCUGGUACUUUUGUUUCCGUUGAUGGAAUCAUUGGCUCUUUGUUUGGUCACCGACGGACUGCCAAAUGGAGGGCUUUAUUGGCAGGAUUGAUAGCAGGGCCAUCUAUGUUGCUUACAGGACCAAACACACAGCAUACGAGUUUGGCUAUAUAUAUACUUAUGCGUGCUGCUGUAUUGGCUGCACGUUGUGGGAUUAAAAGUAAACGGUUUGGGAAAUACUGUAGACCUCUUACUUGGAAGCAUGGCGACAUUUUUCUAAUGUGUCUUUCUUCUUCUCAAAUUUUGUCAGCUUAUAUAUUGAAGCAAGAGAGCUUGCCUUCAUCAUAUAAGUCCUUUCUCAACACGCAUGGAGGAAAGGAUCUUCGUAUCUUGCAAGGAGUGAAGGAUAUCGCAAGUGGCUUGCCUUUUACAAACUUGGAUAUGAUAGAAACAUAUUACAACUCUUUAGGUGUUAAUAUAAAACUAGAUCCAGAAAUGAAAAUCCCCUGUUCGAUCAUACAUGGAAAUCAGUCUUGCAGUGCACAUGUUCUAUCAUUUUUCCUUCAGGCGUACAAAAGGGCAGUCCCAGUAUAUCUCCCUGUUUAUUUAGUUCCUGCAUUAAUAGUUCAUCGUCAAGGCCUCUUGAAAAGGCGCUACAGCAUACUAGGGAAGGGUCUUCUUGGCACUGCAAGGUCAAGCUUGUUUCUGUCUGCUUACUGCUCUUCUGCCUGGAUGUGGACAUGCGUGCUCUUUAGAAUUUUCCGGAGAUGCAACAUUCCAAUGGUGGCAAUGGGGACGUUCCCGACGGGUUUAGCCUUAGCAAUCGAGAAGAAAAGCAGGCGGAUGGAAAUAUCGCUGUAUUGCCUUGCACGGGCAAUUGAGAGCUUCUUUACAUGUAUCGCUGAUGCAGGGUAUUUACCUCAUUCCAAGAGCUUCAGAAGAGCAGAUGUGGUAGUUUUCAGUAUCUCAACAGCAAUAAUUAUGCAUUGCUAUGCGAUGGAGAGAGAAGUGUUUCGGUCCAAAUACCUUAAUGUUCUUGACUGGGUGUUUGGUGUUCCUCCUCCCCCGGAUGAAACACCACGUGCAACAAGAGCUCAAAGCAAAUGCACGGUAUUUCUAGAUUCAUUGCGAACUUCAAAUUUUAUUAAUUCAACUUCUCCCAGAGAUUUAUAGCAAUUGUUUGUACCUGAUAGUAACAUUAUUAUAAACAGUACUAUAUUAGAUUUAUGGAUAUUCGCAUAUAGUAUUGGUUUUUUUGGAAA